ACUACAUUCAGUUCAACGAAAACAUAGGAAGCAUGAAGCUGUACGUGAGAAUACUUUAUGGUGUCCUGUUGGCUGCGUACUUUCACAACGCAAUCGCCACCACCGAGCCCAAUGUGCUGCAGCUGAGGGAUUUGUUAGAAAGGAUCAUGAAAAACGAGCAAGUCAACGCCCAAACGAAGGCUCAGCUGAGUAACGCUGUGCAGAUCAUUUCACAAGCCGAAAAGAGCCCCCAAAUGGUGACACUGAUAGAGGUCCUUGUGGAGCUCAUGAAGCUCUGUUAUCGUACGAUCAGACCAAGUCUCCUAACACUGCCGCCGGGAGCCUUUUGCCCUCCACCAGUAGGAGCUUACUGUCAGGGAGGUCUCUACUGUCCUCCUGGAAACAGAUGUCCGCAGCAUCGACCGGUAGGACAGGGAGUUGAUGGACCACGUCCCCUAACACUGCCGCCGGGAGCUUAUUGCCCGAAACCUGCAGGAGCCUUCUGUCAGGGAGGUGUCUACUGUCUUCCAGGAAACAGAUGUCCGCAGCAUGGAUCCGGAGUUGGUCAUCAGGGCAGACCAUACUUAACUCUCCCUCCGGGAGCUUUUUGCCCACCACCAAUAGGAGCCUACUGCGCGGGAGGUUUAUAUUGUCCUCCAGGAAACACAUGCCCACUGCAAGAAUCGGCAGGAAACGGAGUCGAUGGACCACGUCCCGUAACACUGCCACCGGGAGCUUAUUGCCCGAAACCUGCAGGAGCUUUCUGUGAAAGCGGGAUCUACUGUCUUCCAGGAAAAAGAUGCCCGCAGCAUGGACCUGGAGUACCUGGAGUUGGACGUCCAGGCGGACCAUACUUAACUCUCCCGCCGGGAGCUUUUUGCCCACCACCAAUAGGAGCCUACUGCGCGGGAGGUUUAUACUGUCCGCCAGGAAACACAUGCCCACUGCAUGAACCGGGUGGACACGAUGUUGAUGGACCACGUCCCGUAACACUACCGCCGGGAGCUUAUUGCCCGAAACCUGCAGGAGCCUACUGUCAGAGCGGAGCCUUCUGUCUUCCAGGAAACGUAUGCCCUUAUCCCGGAGUAAAACAUCAUCCCGCACUCACAAAUCCUCCAGUAGGACUUUCUCCAUCCAAAGAACCAACUAAAUCCGUGGGACCUUCCAUAGAAACCACUCCUUCUGUAGGACUUACUCCUCCCUUCCCCCCCAAAGAACCAACUCCUUCCAUAGGACCUAUUCUCUCCAUAGAAACAACUCCUUCCGUAGGGCCAAGCCAUCCCGGAUCAUCGAGUGAUUCAGACAAAAACUACAACAAAAAUGUGAAUAACAUUCUGGUUGAACUUUUAAAAUUACAUAAAGGUAACAGCACCAAACUCCAAAGAAGCCCCCGAAGUGGAAGGAGGAACGUUAUCCGAGUGAUCGAAAGGAAAUUAGUGCCAAUAUACCAAAGCGAAUGCGUUAUGGGACAGAUUGUGAGAGCAAUGUUAACAGAAAUAUAAAUGUCACUUUAGGUGUA